GCCUGAAGAUUAAUCCGUCCCACACGCUGCCAGGAGGGAAGCGCCUGCUUUGGUUUCGCUGCCGACUUUCUUUCUGGUUUCGUUCGCUGCUGCUUCUUCCUCGGUCUUCUCGCCGCCGGGCGCGUGUAUGAGGACCACCCUGCGAGAGUCUGUGUGGUAAACAGGCGAAAGACAAACGUGCGGAGAGUUUGGAGUCUCAGCCUCAGCGCUAAUCCCUCCAGUAUGGACUGCAGAGUGCUGUCCAUUCAAAGCCAUGUUGUGAGGGGGUAUGUGGGAAACAAGUCGGCGACGUUUCCUUUACAGGUACUGGGAUUUGAAGUGGACUCCAUAAACUCAGUGCAGUUCUCCAAUCAUACAGGUUAUGAGCACUGGAAAGGCCAGGUGCUGACUGCAGAUGAGCUACAUGUCCUUUAUGAGGGGAUCAGACUCAACAAACUCAACCAUUAUGACUACAUGCUUACAGGGUACACUAGAGAUGUGUCUUUUCUGGAGAUGGUAGUAGACAUUGUGGAGGAGCUGAAGGGAACCAAUCCUAGUCUUGUGUAUGUGUGUGAUCCAGUAAUGGGUGAUAAUGGGGCAAUGUAUGUUCCAGAAGCCUUGCUGCCUGUGUAUAAGGAAAAAGUGGUUCCAGUUGCUGACAUCAUUACACCCAACCAGUUUGAGGCAGAAUUGCUGACAGGCAGAAAGAUCAGUACGGAAAAAGAUGCAGUUGAGGCGAUGGAUCUACUGCAUGAGAUGGGUCCUGAUACUGUGGUCAUCACCAGCUCUGACCUGCUCUCGUCUCUGGGGGAUCAGUACCUGGUGGCUCUGGGGAGCCAGAUCACUGUGAAGGCAGAUGGCACUAAGGAAAAGCAGCGUAUCAGAAUGGACAUCCCAAGGGUGGAUGCUGUGUUUGUGGGCACAGGUGACCUGUUUGCUGCUAUGCUGCUGGCCUGGACUCACCACCACCCAAACAACCUCAAGGCUGCCUGUGAGAAGACUGUUUCUGUGAUGCAGCAUGUCAUUAAAAGGACCAUCACCUAUGCCAAAGAGGUAGCUGGGCCUGACUGUAGACCGAGUCCGGCGCAGCUGGAGCUGCGGAUGGUUCAGAGUAAAGGAGACAUUGAAGAUCCUGCCAUAACUGUGGAGGCCGUCCUGCUGUAGGAGUUCAUCCCGUCCUCCUCUAACCUGCCUGGACACUGGCUUUGUGGCUUCAGAAGACUAAAUUAGCGGUACCAUUUUUAAAUAUGUCGUGCACUAUUUCUAACUGUAAAACAUGUUAAUGUGUAGAACAGGUCUGGCUGAACCGUAAAUGACUGUGAAUCUGAGCACACAGCCUUCAGAGUGCUGGUGCCUUUGGGCCGUCCAAAUACUAACACCACGAGUUCCUUAAAUCAGUGUUAGUGUUUGUGUUAUGCUCACAUUCCAGAUGUACUGUAUAUGAAAACAUCCGGCCUCAUUGUUUUUUAAUAUUUUAAGAGAAGAUUAUUAGUGUCUUUUUUUUUUAAGGGCCUAAUCCAGAAUCACUGAACUUGGCUGAUUAGUUUUGGUGACACUAGAUGCUUUGGAACAAUAAUAAUAUGGCCAUUAAAAUAUGUGCACAAUAUUCACUAAUAAUUAUGACAGCAGUGGCUUUCUGGAAAUUCUGAUUGGUGUUUUGAAACAAAUAUGAUUUACUUAUGAACAUGCACUACUGUUCAAAGGAUUGGAUUCAACUGCCUUAUUACCAAAUAUUUUACAUACAAAACCAACUUGUACAUGCUUGAUUUACAUAUUAAAAAUAUUAAAGCUGUUAUAAUCAAUAUUUCAAGACUUCUGUGCACAAGAAGCAAGUAAAAUAACAUAUGUCAAUUAUUUAUGUUAUUCUUUUGUCACGUUAACUUAAUUCUCAAUGAGAAAGAGCUUCCUCAGUCAUUUUGGAAUGUUCUGCAGUUCUGUUUAAUUCUGGACACAUUAAAUGUCUUAAUUUUUAUUUACAGCUUCAUACUGUACUGCAAAUGAUAUUGAAACCUGUGAAGUAGUACAGGUCUAGCGUUGUAAAUCGAAACUAAAUUAGUUUUAUAUUGUUGAAAACAUUGAUUCCAGGCAUAUGAACUGUAGUGUUUUUUUUUUUUUUUUUUUUUUUUUUUUUUUUUAAGCGUUCUGUAUCAGUUUUGUAUCCUCACAUUUAGUGUCUUAACAUUUUUCCCAUAAUUCUGUUUUAAUUGUGAGGCGAAUACUCAUAAGACAUCUAUUUCUGUAUAUCGUUCUUAGACUUCUCUUGACUGUAAUGAUUUCUCUUUUGUAAAAAUGUCCAAAAGCCUCUGAAGUUGUGUAAGAUCCAUCGUUAUUACCACACAUGAUGAAGUAAGACCGUUGGCUCUCACCACAACCUGUAAGUUAAAGUAAUUUUAUCACAGAGUUACAGAGCCUGGACAUUCCAGAACCAUUCUAACUCUUACAGGAACAGCAUAAAUAGUUUUCUGUAAGCUGUCAGUCCAGUAAUUGUAUGUUAUCCGUGCUAUCAUCAGUGUUAUUAUCAGUGAUUUUGUCCUAUUUUUCAUGCUCUUGUUAUUCAUCUCUUCUAAACCCUAUGCAUUCCCAGACUGACAGAAUGACUGUAUUUAUAGCUUUGUUAAUUUGAAGAAUGUUUUUCUGCCAAGUGCCAAUCCUGAAAAUGCUGCUCUAUUAAAAUAAUCUGAUUAGGGCAUUUAAUCAUGUAUGAUUAUCAACUAGAAUGUGCUGUUAAGAUCAUUUUAUCUACAAUUUAGUAGGAAUAAUUACAUGAAUAAAACUGUUAAUCUUAUUAA